UCGAACUAACAAUGAAAAUUGUAACCGUGCUACUAUUGUACCAUUGGUUACUGGUCCACUAUGUUCUUGGGGACUACUACACUCCGAGUGAAGAAGUUGGUCGAGCGCUAUCACAGUAUGAUCGAAUGAAUGAAAAACGAUUUCCAUUUGAGUUCGGUAUGGGCCAUUACUAUCAAGGUGACAUAAUGCUGGUCCGACCAGAGAACGGACGAGUUUCAAUUCCUGAUUCGCUUACUUCGUACAUUUGGCCAAAAGGAAGAGUACCAUACAAGUUAGUAGGGAAUUUUACCACUAGUGAGAAAAAUACCAUCCGUGAUGCUAUGCAAAUGUUCAGGGAAUUUACUUGCGUUCGAUUUGUGCAGCGUAAAAGGAACGACAGAUUGUUUGUGGCAAUUGGUAAUAAUUUUACAGGAUGCUAUUCAUACGUUGGCAGGCGGACGAACAAUCAGUUCAACUACAUCAAUCUGCAGACUCCCCAGUGUCUGAUGACAGUUGGAACACCUGUACAUGAGAUGAUGCAUGCACUUGGAUAUUAUCAUGAGUUCGUACGACCAGAUAGGGACGAGUAUAUUUACAUCAAUCGAAGUGCCUUACUGCCAGAGUAUCAAACGGAUGAGUUUUAUGAUGCCAAUUUUGGCAAGUUGCGACCAGAAGACGGACAGACAUACAACAUUACUUACAAUUAUGGCAGUGUGAUGCAUUACUCCCGCUAUGCUGGGGCGCAAAGUCUGGAAUAUCCUGUACUGAUUAACACGAAACCAUAUGUAGGAGAUUUUGGAAAUGAGAAUGGAUUUGCGUAUUCUGAUGUACUGGAAAUUAAUCGAAGAUAUAACUGUUCGAGCACAUAAUGCCAGCAGAUAACCCAUGGAUAACUAGAACGAUUGUUUAACUGGAAUGGAAAAUUGUUUAUUAUAUAAAUUUCUACUUUCAACAAA